GCCAUCCUCAUCUUCGACUAUAUCCUCACGUUUGGCCGAGAGGUCCAUUUCUUCUGGAGCCGGCGCUUGUCAGGGUCAACAGUACUAUUCAUCCUGAAUCGCUAUCUUGCCCUUAUUCUCAAGACUUUCUCCUUCCUUGGAUAUCACAAAUUUACC